GGGGGCAAGUAGUCUUGAGGAUAUCCCGUAGCUUUUCGUCUGUAAGGUCUUGCAGCAUCUCAACGUAGGCAUCGAUUAUUGCUCCAUGUAUCAGCCGCCAGCGAUUGACUGUCGGUAAUGCAUCAGGGAAGAUCGCAAUAUGUUUGUAAUAUCUUGCUUUAUCUCUUGUUUUGCUCUCAUUCACUAUUUUUCCGGCAUCUUGAGGCAGAAGCAACUCCAUUAUUUCCUUCCAAAUUUUGGUUGGCUUUUGUUGUUGGAUGGACUGGGUGGGUGAAUGGAUGGCAUCGAAGAUUGUUGUAAUUGGAGGAAGACUUUGGGGACGGGGGUUCUCAUUCCAGAACUUCUCCUCAAUACUUUUGUUGCAGCCGGGACUAUCUGCAUCUCUCAAUCUAUGAGGAGGAACCAAGUCCAUAAGAGGUUCAGUGUGUGGAUCAGGAUUGUCAAUGGGGUCCAUUGUCUCAUCGAGUCGUAUCUCUGGUUCACCGUCUGAAUGGUUUACGGGUAUCUCAGGUUCGAGAGUAUCGCCUGGGCCACUGCCACUGUCAGUAGAGGG